AUGAAUGAGAUGGUUGAGAAAAAGACUAGGUGGUGGCAUGUUAGAGAUGGAAAAAGGAAAAGGACACCUAAGUCAUCCCGUGCGGUUGUUAUUCCUAAAGAAGGAGAAAAGGGGUCUUCUGGAGAGCCACAGCAGAAGUUAAUUGAUGAGACAGUUCUAGAGCCAUCUAUGGUGAUUGAACAAGGUGCUGAUUUAUUAAAGCAAUCUUUGGAAAGCUAUUUGAAAAAGAAUGAGGAGAUUGCAGCACAACAAGCUCAAGGAACAAGUGUUCAUGCUGAAAAGGUUACAAGGGGAAAAGUUCAGUUGAAGAAAAGACUGUCAAAGAAACAAAAGGGUUCAGAUGAAGAAGAUUCUCCUUAUGAUCCUGAAAAGUCAAAGAAACAAAGAAAGAAACGAAAGGCAGCUCCAGUUGGUGUAAUUCCCAGAAAUGUCAUAUCAAAGAAAUCAGGAGCUGAGUCACAAAAAGAUAAAGAAGGGAAGGCAGCUCAACAUGUUCAGAAAGAAAAAUCACCAAGUGUUGAUGUUCCAAAAGAACCGGAGGUGAAAGCAAAAGAAGUUCCAGUUGUGGGAACAGAAAAGAAGACAGAUGAUGAUGAUUAUGUAGAGAUCACUGGAUUCAGAGCUGCUAGUCCAAAACCUGUUCAACAAGAUAUUCCUCAGUCAUCACAUCAGAAAGUAGAAGAUUUUAAAUUUGACUUUGACAAUAUUGGUUCGGCGGUUAAAGAAUUGAUUAAGAAAGUUAAAGAACUGGAGAAAGAGAAAGCAAAAGCUGAGGAAGAACGUGAUAUGCUGAAAAGUCAAAUUAAUGAUUUGAUGGAAGCUCACAAUAAAGUAGUUGCAGCAUUGGUUGAAAAGGAGAAAAGAAUGAACCAAAUGAAGGAUGAUGUCGAGGGAAAUUUUAAAGUGUUUGAUUCGUUAACUCAAGAGAUAUCUUCUUUGAAUGCCAAGAUAAAGGAUCUGGAGAAUGUAAAUCAAACAUUAAAUCAGCUUCUCAAUGAGAUGAGUGAAGCUUCGUCGAAUGAGAUGAAGGCUAUGAAGUUGGAGAUGGAAGCUAUGAAAGCUGACAAAGUAAUGAAAGAUCAACAACUUCAGAUGUUGGUUGCUGUGGUUGAAAGUCAUUUGAAGAUGAACAUUCAUGCUGCGUUUGAUGAAAUUGAUGUGAUAAGAGCUAACGAAAGAAGAAUGGAGCGUGAACGUCAAAUGGCUGAAGAAGCAAGUCUAAAGAACAAAGGAAUAGUUGAAGAGGUUGAGAUAAUUGAUGCAUCUUCAAGCCAACCAGAGGUUGGAGGUUCUUCUUCGCAACCUGAUAUUGAAAUGAUUGAAGUGGUUGAGGUUCAAGAACAAGAAGUUGUUGAAGAUGAUCAAGAGAUGGUUGAAGCUGAAGCUGAAGAGCCUCAUGAACCAGAAUACUUGAUUGUUGGUGAGCCUAUUGAGCUUAUUAUUGUUGAAAAUGUUCUUCGAAGAGUUGAAAUUAUUCAAAGAAGAAGAAGAGCAAGAGAAGUACUAUUACUGGAGUAUACAACUGACAAAUUUGUGUUAGUUGGCAAUGCUUACCCUGUGCCAUGCAAUUCAAAAGAAGUGGCAAAGUUGUUAAAGUUUCUUGAUCGAAAAAGAAAAGGAAGAAUAGCUCGUGAUGAUAAAGUUGAUGAUAAGUCUGAUAAAGAUGACAAAGGCGAUGACGACAAUGAUCAAGGUGCUUCGGGUUUAUUAAUCAGUGAACCAAAUGUUCAAGAAAGAGUGGAUGAGCUGAUGAAUAAUGAAAUAAAUGAGCAGGAGGAUGAAGUUGAUUAUGAAGCAUCGUCGUCUGGAAAACAAUCUGUUGAUCAGGUACUUCUUUCUAACCCUACUGUCAUUUACUUAUCUGGUAAACAACAAGGAGAGGUAGAGGUUAAAAGAACACGGGCUGAAAUGCUAGAGGAAUUGGGUUUGGAAGAUGGAAAAUUUAAAUUUAACAUUGAAGAUGAAAUUCCUCAUUCACCUGCAAAAGAUUUUGAGCCUAGAUACCCUCAUGAAGCUGAUCAUUAUGAUGAAGUGAUUGUUGAAAGCGCAUCAGAUUCAGAGGAAGAUAGAGUAGAUUUUCAUUAUGAAGGGGAAGAUGUCGCAUUCCCUACUUUCACAGAGUUGUUUCAAGAAAAGAAUGAAGAUGAGUUGAGAAGAAAGAUUGAAGAAAGGGUUGCUACAGCAGAUAUUCCUGAACCGGUUUCUAGAGAGAUAACAGCUGAAGAAAGAAAACGAUGGUUCAAGAAUAUGCCAAAAGAAAGAAAGACUCUCAGGGCUCUUCAAUAUUUCACUCAUAACAAAGAUCUUUCUUGGGGAGAUAUUCUAUCUUGGGGAUAUUUGGAAGACUUGAAAGUUUAUGCAGUCAGAAGGGAGCAGGGUGUACAGUACUUUGAAUUCUUAGCUGAUAUAGCUACUUUACCCUGGUGGGACGUAGAUGAGUUGGUGGUUACAAAGAAUAUCAAGCAAUACUACUACGGUCCAGAAGUUCAAGAACGUAAUCAGGAUUUGUGGAAUUACAUCAAAUGGCAAGCAAAGAAUAAUUAUCCAGAUUGGAAACCACAAUAA